AGGUGAGUCACGGAGGCGGUACCGGAAAAGGCCAUAGUUGUGCCACAGCUGCGCGUUCACAUCGAAACCACACGAGCCCGAGCGCGUCCACACUGACCAAGUUUACCAAAGAACAGGAAGAGUCCACAAGAAGAUUCCAGGGUGGAAUAAUUUACACAAUUGUUUUUCUUCGCUUUGAGACGUCUUCAGUCCGUCCAACAGUGUGCGAACGAGCAUGCGCAGUGGAGAGGCUGCAGAGACAUUUAGCGGUGUGUGCCUCACCUCCCUGAGUCCACCUUAUUGACCAAUCAGUUGGGACCAGCCAGAGAGGCUCGUCAUUAGCGCUUGGACUGGUCCGACCAUCCAAAGUCCAAACGAGUUUCAUGGCGGCUUCGGGUCUGAUCCAGGACCAAGAUGACAACGACAUACACCCCCACGUGGAAGUGGACGUAACUACGACAACUUCAUCCGAGCCCGCUCGACCCAACGGCAGCCCUGAGCGGCCCGCAGCCCCCCCACCCACAGACUCGUCCAAUGGCAGGAGCAAGCGCAGCAGGCUGAGCAUUCUCAUCCAGCAGAACCAGCUGGUCCAGACUCUGAGCAGCGGUCUGAGACGCCACUGUGAUUAUGUGAAGAUCUCGAUCCCCAAUGAGCGCACCGAUCAUCUCCCCAAGGAGUGGUGGAAGACAGGCGUGGCUUUUCUCUACGCUGUCUGUAACCUGGUCUUCACCACCGUGGUCAUCACCAUCGUGCAUGAAAGGGUCCCUGACAAGUCCGUGAGCCCGCCGCUGCCCGACAAGUUCUUCGACUAUGUGGAGCGCGUUCCCUGGGCUUUCACCGUUACUGAAGUCAACGGCCUCAUCUUGAUGGGACUCUGGUUGGUCCAGUGGCUCCUCCUCAAACACAAAGCCAUUAUUGGUCGCCGCUGCUUCUUCCUCAUUGGAACGUUGUACAUGUACCGCUGUGUCACCAUGUACAUCACCACCCUCCCCGUGCCAGGCAGACACAUGGUGUGUGCGCCCAAGCUCUACGAUGACUCAACCGGAAAGAUUUGGAGGAUUCUGAGGCUCAUCUCAGGAGGAGGUUUGUCUCUGACAAGCUCUCACAUGAUGUGCGGCGACUUCCUGUACAGCGGCCACACGGUCAUGCUCACCUUGUCUUAUCUUUUCAUCAAAGAGUACUCUCCUCGCUGGAUGUGCUGGUAUCACUGGAUGUGCUGGCUGCUCAGCGCGUCUGGCGUACUUUGCAUCCUAGUGGCGCACGAGCACUACAGCAUCGACGUGCUGGUUGGGUACUUUGUCACUACCAGGGUGUUCUGGUGGUACCACACCAUGGCCAACACACAUGCUCUGCGUCAGGCACCCAAUAACUUCCUGUCACGGACAUGGUGGAAUCCUGUGUUCAACUUCUUGGAGAGAAACGUUCAAACGACUGUCCCCGUCGUUUUCUCAUGGCCGUUGCCGUUGCCGUCUUCAUGCAGACAACGUUACAGGAUCGUAGAAGGAGGCAGGGACGAAUGAUGGACGAUUUUUUUUUUUUAAAAGUGUCUUACUCAUUUGUGACCAGUCCAUCUUUGUUGACACUCCUCUUAGACUGCCAUGCUAACAGCAGAACGAUGUUGUCCUUUGUGACACUAUCGAAGGGCUGCUAGCCUGCUCGCGUUCUACUGAUAUCUCGUAUUUGGGCAUUGGUGUUGUACAUAGCGUUUUUCUGUGCAUAAUUGUUAAUUAUUAUAAUUAUUGACUUUCUUCUGCUACUUUGCAUCGGACGCUGGAAACUACUGCGAAGAGUUGGCUUAAUAAAGUUGUCACGUGCGUCCGUGAAGAUUGACUU